AUGGCGGUGGCGGUGGACGGGACCGAGGAGGACUUUGGGGGUUUCGAUCACAGGUAUGAAAUGCUUCUAGUUGGCCACUCAAAAAGGGAGGCCCACUUUGCUGCCAACAGUUCCGUACAAGAAAGAGAAAUGUUCAAUGCCGAGCAUUUCCUGGGGUUUAUUGCCAAGCCUGAUAUGGACGCAAAUUGGUGUAAGAUUGGGAGACCACUUUUUAUUUUAUUUUUUUCAGCAGUUGAAUACAUUGUGGAAUAUGACUAUGAUGCGGUACAUGAUGAUGAGCUGUCCAUACAUGUGGGGGACAUCAUCAAGAACGUGAAGAAACUUGAUGAGGAGGGAUGGCUGCACGGAGAAUGUAACGGCAGGCGAGGGGCUUUUCCUGAUAAUUUUGUUAAGGAAGUUAAGAAAGAUACAGAACCAAAGGAAGAGAAUGUUCCAAAAAGGGAGAAACCUGGCAAUGUGGCUAGUCUGGUGCAGCGGAUGAGUGUGUAUGGCAUUCCUGGGAUUGGACCACCGCCUCCUCACAACAAAUCCUUCAAGAAAAAAUCUAAAAAGAGGCAAUGCAAAGUUCUCUUUGACUACAUUCCACAGAAUGAAGAUGAACUGGAACUCAAAGUUGGGAAUGUCCUGGAAAUCACAGAAGAGGUAGAGGAAGGAUGGUGGAGUGGGACCUGUAGCGGCCGAUCUGGCCUGUUUCCUUCAAACUUUGUGAAAGAGGUGGAACUGUCAGAUGACGGGGAGAGCCAGGAGAGUUCUGAAGACACAGGUACCAGUUCCCCUGACUGGAGACACAAGGCAGAAUUACCGAUAGCAGAACCUACUGCAGCCCCUGCUGGUGCUUCUCCAUCGUCCCCUGCAUUAUCUCCAGCUAAUAGCUUAGAAGCUUCUACCCCAACUGUGGCUCAGCCAAAGAGAAUCAUGGGAGUUGGUUUUGGAGAUAUUUUCAAAGAGGGCUCUGUGAAGCUCAAACCAAGAACACCGGUUGGAGAUUCUGAAAUCAAGAAGCCUGAGAAGCCAUCACCUACUCCACCAGCAACAAAGGCAUCUCGCACACUAAGCUCAGAUCUACCAAAAACAGAAGUUGACGGCAAACCAAAAGCAGCCAAAGAGAUAUGCAGAGCCUUGUAUGCCUACGAUGCAAUCAAUGAGGAUGAGCUUAGUUUUAAAGAAGGUGACAUAAUCAACUUAAUAAAUAAAGAUACUGGAGAUCCUGGUUGGUGGAGAGGAGAGCUCAAUGGUAAAGAAGGAGUUUUUCCUGACAACUUUGCUGCUAUAAUCCAAGAUUUAGAAAAGGAAAAGCCAAAGAAGCCUCCACCUCCGAAAAGUAUGGUGCCAAAGCCAGAACUUCGUCAUGGAGACAAAAGGUUCACUCCCACCAAAUCGGAAGAAAAAGAGAAAGAUGAAAAGCCAUCUCUUGAGCAUAAGCCAUCCGUGGAUCUCAAGCCAUUUGUGGAUCCUAAGCCUUCCAAACCAGCCGCACCUCUGGUACCUCCUAAGAAGCCCAGUCUUGUACAUAAGUCAAACAGUAAUCUGGUCAAACCAGCAACCAUCCCACCCAAGCGACCUGACAAGCCAUCUUUCUCAACACCUCCAUCCAAACCAAAUGGGGAGUCGCCUCGACCAAAGUCAGAACAAGAGCCAUUCAACAAAACAAGAAUGGAUCUAGAGCAAUUUCUAAGCCGACCAAAAUCUCAAGAUGUAGAGCCGAUUGUAGUGAAAAGCCCCAGAGAGAAUGCUUCCUCAGAGCUCACUUUUGAUGAACUUCUGCCUACCUCAGAAAACUUGACUCAUCCAACUGCCAGCCGACCAAAGAUGACGGGCAAGAGGCCGCCUGGCCGCUUUAACGGUUCGAGUCCUCAGGCUAAACCUCAGACUGAGACCCAGAAGGUACCAGUACAUCACGAAGAGGAGAAUGAACGUGCCAAAACACCACCACUAGAAAUAAAGAAGCCAUCCGUAACCCCAUUGUCGCCCUCUAUAUUUACACCCACACCACCUGUGUCAAAACCCAGCAUCACCCCAAUGAGCCCCGUUCUAAUGGACGUCAAAACAAAGUUUGAUGUAUAUGAGGGCAAGAAGAGCGAAGUGGAGGAGUUAAGAGCCCAGCUGGGCGAGCUGCUGACUAUUGUGGAUGCACUUAGGAAAGAACAUAGGAAAGAGAUCGAUAAAUUAAAGCAUGACCUAGAAGAGGAAAAACUGCUACGAUUCAGUUUAGAGAGCGAGAUCGAGAAGUUGAAGAAAGCCGUACAACUGACAUGAGAUCGACCUCCUUUUGCAUCUCAGCAUCCUCUUCACAUUUUCAGUCUGUUCCACUUAUGUCGACAGAAGGAUAAAGAAGAAACAGAGUUUUAUUACCUGUUCACAAUAAGACACAGCUGCGGUUUCCUUUGUUUCUGCUCUCUGCCAAUACAAUACGAGGCCUUACUACUUAUGAGCUGGAGCGGCAAGCCUUUUUUUUUUUUUUAAACUGGGUUUGCUUGAAAUACUACUGAACUUCUGUGUAAAGAGAGGGAAUUAUGUAUUAGACUUGUAUUAAAUACUUCUAUUGUAAUUUUUUUAAAUGUUUAUCCUAUAAAUAUGGUGAUCUAUAAAUAUAUAUAAAUAUCUUUUCAGAUAAUCUGUAAUAUAGUCUAUCAGGGGUCCAAACGAAUAGCCUUAGAUUUAUUGCUAGCUGUUAUUUUUCCUAUUCUUGGAAAGGGAAAUUUACUUAUUUUUUUUUGUUUUGUAUAUUUUAAAUAAAAUUUACUAAAAAUUCCCCCGGUUGUGCCUGUGCACAGCUGAGUAUUAAUAACGGGCUGUGUAUAACAUUAAGAUUUCUAUCAUAUAGCAAGAUGUUAAAAAUCUAUGUUGAAAGCAUCUCUCAUAUAUGCAUAUUUGGCUUCUUUUUUUUAAUAUGUACAUGGAAAUCAAGUCACUUGCACUAGGAUUUAAACAAGGGAUUGUGUUAAAAGGUGAGUCCGACAAGAAUCUGAUUAAUCAGUCUUCAGUGGGCUUGACUGCUAGCUGGCUUGUUAAAACACUCCAUGACUUUGGUGUCUCUGCCCAAAAACAAAUCCAGACUUCACCCUCCUGCCACACACUUGAUAUAUCUCGCUUGACCGUUGGUGUCACCUAGUUUUCUGAUCAGUUCAUAUGUUUCUCCAAAGUGGCCAUCAGAAACCAGAUAGCAUCUCUGCUUAGUAUGAAAUGAAAGUGACUCGGUUACCUUAAACGAAAAAAUGAAAUAAAACAUUCCCUGCCGUAAAAGAAUGUCCCGCUGUAUGUUCCUUGAGUCUUCGCUCUGUUUGAGGGCUACAGACUCCUGAAGAAACAUCACAUAUGGCACUUCUGGGAGUGUCUGAUGUCUGUUUCCAUUGCCACAUGAUGUGGUCCAGUCCACCAACUCCUAUGUUGCCUACAGUGGCGUAGAGGCACAGCACUUGGUGGCAGAUCAGACAUCCAGGUAGAUCUUUUUAAAGAGUAAAGGUUCCAGAAGAAAAGUUCUAGGACUAGGUGACAUGACAGGGGGGUAUGAACAAUCUUCUAUUGCCGGAAUUUCUUUAUAGGCUUUUUUUUUUUUGUCUUAAGGUAACAUUCCCUUUAAGGCUUCAUUCACACUUGUACAACUCCAAAGUAGCUUGACUUUGGAGUAUAUCUUUGAUACAACCUUGGCACAACUUUGGGUAUGACUUGGAUGCGACUUUGGCUUUGACCAAAGCUAAUGGACAACCUUCGGACCAAAGUAGUGCAUGAAUUACUAUAAAGUCGCUGCAUUUUUAAGUCGCGCAUAUAUGAAUGGUUAACAUUGGAAAACAUGGGGUAUGACUUGUCAUUCUAGAUGACAAAAGUCGUACAAGUGUGAAUGGACACUCAACCUGUCAGAAAUAUAAGUGUGGUUCUCCUGGUAAGCUGGCUGUUUUGCUCAUCCUCCAGCUUCUGUACUUUGAAUCACAAACGCCAAGAGUAAGUAUACAGCUAGUGAAGUAAGGUUUCCUGAUUGGCCAACUGUCAGUCACAGACACAUUAGAAGUUCAGCCUGACGAGCCUAAUGGCGGUCCUCAUCCAUAACAGCAAACAUCUUGUUCAGUAGCCAGAUUUCCUUGCUAUAUCGGGUGUGUGGAGGAGUAGGCAAAGGAAGAUCUUGAACAUCAGGGCGUCAAAGUCCUUGCUGGGGUCACGGACAGUUUUAACAAAGAUGGCAGAGGAUUGGACCAACCUGGGUUUACCUGUAAAGAGAAGAAAACUGCAUGCGAGUGGGGAACACACCAUUUAAUGCAGUAAAAUGGGAGCAUUUGCACUUACACUGGAUUGUCCCCUAUUAAGAUCAUUCCAUAUAUCAGUGCUGAUAAGAUUUUCUCCAUUGUUUGUAUAUCGCAUGAAGGCUGCCCCUCUAACCCCAGGCUUUUCAGCCUGACGUCUAGAAAGACUGUUCAGCUCUAUGCAAUAUUUUUUACCCGUGUAUGUUUCCAGAAAAAAAAGUAUAAAUAUAGCUAAAUUUACUUAUGUCUUUAAGAUAUUUUUUUAAUUGAUAUCCAUGCAGCCAGGUUGCAAUUGUGCAUUUCAGAUUAUGCUCCUUUUGUUUAAAUUAGCUGUGAUCAUAUAAAAAGAUAUUCCGUUUUUUU